AUGGCGCAAAUAACUGGAUGUCUGCAGAAGAACAAGCUAUUUUUUACUAUUUUAGCGAUCCUUUCAGCAGCGUUACUUUGCACAGCGUUGCUUUACGCAGUUCUUAGCAGAAUGGGUGCCAAGAAUCUUGCAGCGUGCAGUUUCUGUGAUGGUGAUGUUUUUCCUAAGGAGGAGAUCUUCGAUGAUUGUGUACAGCCUGGUUGUAAGUCAGUCGCAAAGGAAGAAAGAAUUGAUGAACAUGUAGUUGAAAGCAAGGCGGUGAUUGUUGAAGACUCACCGACGGAGAGCAGCACAGCAUCUCUUUCGGUUACCAGUGAUGUUGAUGAGGGCAUACGUGCGGUGGAUCAAGAAUUGGAAGGCGCGAAUGAGGUGGUUGAAGUUGUUCAAUCGGUUGUUACUUUGGAUUGUGACCAGAGUAAUCCAAGUGGUGAUGUCGUACAGGUAGCAGGUUCUGAUAAAGACUUUCGAGUGGCAGUCGAUGAUGUAGAGCCUUUGGAGGACGUUUCUGGCGUACUAUUGGGAUGUAAAGAUCGUGAGAAUAACGAAGUGAUGAUCACCAACACGGAUGAAUCAGGGCUGUUGCAGUGUGAUCGUGGGAAGUCGAAGGGCCGUUGUCCGAACGGGGCCAUGCGGCUGGUUAAUAAAGGUUUGGUGCGAUCUUUAAUUGAUUGGUACAAUGAGUUAGAUCGGGUGGCACUUUUGGAAGCAAAGCGUGCUUCAAAGAAUUUUCGUGGCACUUUUUCGAGUCUGGAAUCAGCACCUGAUAAUCCAAGGAAGGUAGGAGAGAUAAUGGCAGGAAAGGAUAAUGAGGAGUAG